AUGAACUUUGAAUCCAAGGAGGAUAUUGCAACCCUCGUGGCCGAGCUCAAACUUUUGCACAAGGAUAUCAACCCUCCCGUCCCGAACCCUGCACCCUUGGGCCUCUUUGCCUUUGGUUUCACGACCUGCCUUUUGCAAAUCAAACACUCUGGUAUUUGCGGUGAUGAUACCGCUGGUGUCACUACCCUCGUCUUGGGGUUUGCGACCUUUUUUGGUGGUCUCCUUCAAAUCAUUGCUGGUUUGAGCGAAAUUCGCCGGAAUAACAUUUUUGGAUACACGGCCUUUCUCAUGUAUGGUGCCCUAUGGAUGUCCUUGGGAUUGAUUGACAUGAUCCAAUUGUUAGCCCCCCGAGAAAUGGCCAAACCCAACCCCGAAGCCGCCCAAGCCAUGUUCUUUCUGACUGCCAUCUACUCGUUUGUCUUGUGGAUCUGCACCUUCAAGAUGAAUAAGACGAUCAACUUUUUGUUCUUUUUGCUCUUUAUCACUUUGCUGUUAUUGGGCUUUGGUGUUGUCAAUGAGACAGCCGAUCGUGUGGGAGGCGUCUUUGGAAUGGUCACGUCAUUUGUUGCCUACUGGUUGGCUGCCGCCGAGUUGAUCAAUGACAUUCAUGGCGAAGGCAAACGGGAAAUCAUUCCGUUGGGACAAUUUAAGUCCAAUGACUUUGGUCGACAUGGAUCCUUCCAUGCGCCUGGACUGAUCCACCCCCCUCGCCUCCACCGAAGAAAGAAUCGCGUGAAGAACAACAAACAAGGCGGCGAAGAACAGGCACCUGGCCCAAGUGAUUUGCCUGAAAAUGGUGCGGAGCCCAUGGUGGGCUUUGACGAAGAAGCACUCGACUCGGUGUGA